UUUUAUUAACAUAAUUUAAUUCAAGUUAAACUCGUGGAGCAGAUUCUGGGGGUACUUCAAAAGCUCCGCCCAUCAAGAAUCUUGGUGUAAUCUCAUUGUCGCUGGGAAAGAUGAAUUCGACAGCGCCCUCGCCGGUCGUGGUUAGCACUUCUCCUUCCGAUCAAUCAUCCCGCGUUUUCGUCUAUGGAAGCCUCUUAGCCGAUGACAUCGUCCGUGUUCUUUUCGGCCGCGUUCCUCAAUCAUGCCCUGCUGUUCUCGAUGGCUUUCACAGAUUUGGCAUUAGAGGACGAGUGUAUCCAGCUAUUUUGCCCGUGGAGAAGAAGAAAGUUACCGGAAGGGUUCUCUUGGGCGUCACGAGUCCAGAACUAGAUAUUUUGGAUAUAUUUGAAGAUGUUGAAUAUGAAAGAAGGGCUGUUGAUGUUUCCUUGAUGGAUGGUUCCGAGAAGUUAACAGCUCUUACUUAUGUUUGGAGCAACGGAAGCGAUCCAAAUCUGUAUGGAGAGUGGAACUUUGAGGAAUGGAAACGGUCGCAUUUGGAUGACUUUGUAGGGAUGACAACUAGAUUUGUGAAGGAGUUGCAAUUGCCUGAGCCAAAGUCAAGAGUGGCCACUUAUGAAUCAUUCUACCUGAAAGAAGGAGGUGAUACCCCUCUCAUUCUGCCUUGAUAUUUUUUGGAUUACGAAGGAUGAAUACUUCUUAGAUUAUUAUUCCUUAUCUUACUAUCUCGUGUUCAAGAGAGGUAAUUUACCAUCUCGUGAUCAAGAGAGGUAUUCACGCAACUU